AUAACCUCCAAUGUGAAUUCAUUUAUAAAGAAUAAACAGAUCUUAAAUACUAUGCGUAUGCGAGUAGGUGACAUAAUUAUUGAUUCGGUUUUUGAUAGUGGCGCGGAAUGUUCUGUGAUGCGCGAAUCUAUUGCGAAUAAGUUGCCUGGGAAGCGACAACAAGUAGUCAAUUAUUUGCGAGGAAUAGGUCCUUUUCCUGUAGUUUCCACAAGUAUAUUAACAACAGUAUGUGUUAUUGAUAACAUUAACGUAGAAAUCGAAUUUCAUAUUUUGUCCGAUUACGAUAUGACGUCAGAUGUUUUGAUAGGUGCAAAUAUUUUGAACAAAACGGGAUUAACGGUGAUCGUUACUCAGAAUAGCGCGACUUUAUGCUCUCAACCUCGCGUCAUGCACAUGCGACCGACGGCCGGUUUGUUUGAUGAUAUAAAUCACGACUUGAGCAAUACGUCAGAGAUCGAUCAACUAAUGACUCUUCUCAAUAAAUAUUCUACGACUUUUACGCGCGGUUACUCAAAAACUCGUGUAAAUACCGGUCAAUUGGAGAUUCGUUUGAAAAAUCCAGAUAAGUUUGUGGAACGAAGACCUUACAGGUUAAGCCCGGUUGAGCGCGAGAAAGUCAAAGAAAUUGUUAAAGAGUUGUUAGACAAUGACAUUGUUCAAGAAAGUAAAUCUCCAUAUUCGAGUCCGAUUAUCUUGGUAAAAAAGAAAAACGGUGACGACCGCAUGUGCGUAGACUAUCGUGAGCUAAAUUCAAACACUGUUCGCGAUCAUUAA